AAAAACAUGACUGACUACGAAGAUGCGACCAGCUUCCUGGGCGAGUGGGGACGCUUCCAGCAGCAGAUCUUCUUCCUCGUCUGCCUCACCACCGUGCACAACGGCCUCGCGGCGCUGAGCGUCGUGUUCCUCGCGGACACGCCGCUGCACCGAUGCGCCAUCCCGGCGCACCUCAACCUGAGCGCCGCGUGGGCGAACAGCAGCGCGCCGCUGGAGGCGCUCGGAGACGCGCUCGUGCCCAGCAGGUGCUCCCGGUACCGGCUCCGGGACGUGCUGGAGUUCUCGGAGAGAGGCUUGCUGCCCGGCGUGGACGUGAACCUGUCCGUCGUGCCCACGGAGGGCUGCCUGGAUGGGUGGGAGUACGACCGGAGCAGCUACAUCUCCACCAUCGUGACUGAGUGGGACCUGGUGUGUGAUGACAGCUGGAAGACGCCACUCACAUCUUCCCUCUACUUCAGUGGGGUUCUCACCGGCUCCUUCCUUUCUGGACAGUUGUCUGACAGGUAUGGAAGAAAAAUCGUGUUGUUCGUCUUCAUGGGAGUCCAGACAGUAUUCACACUCAUUCAGGUCUUCUCCCCGUCCUGGACCGUGUUCUGCGCCCUCUACUUCAUCGUCGGGAUGGGACAAGUUUCUAAUUAUGUGGCUGCCUUUGUAUUAGGAGCUGAGAUAUUGAGCCCACGUGUGCGGACAGUUUUCUCCACCAGUGGGGUGUGUAUGUUCUUCGGCCUGGGCUACAUGCUGCUGCCGCUGGCUGCUUAUUUCGUCCGAGACUGGAGGAUGCUGCUCCUGUGCCUCGCCCUGCCGGGCUUCCUCUACAUUCCUUUCUGGUGGUUCAUCCCAGAGUCUCCCCGCUGGCUGCUCUCCCAGGGGAGACUGGAUGAGGCUGUGGCCAUAGUCAGAGCAGCUGCUAAGAUGAACAAAACUGAGCCUCCAGCGGUCAUCUUUAGUCCUUUGCUGAAAGAACUUCAGACUCAGAAGAAGAAGGCUCACAACAUCUGCGACCUCCUCCGUUCCUGGAACAUCCGCUGGGUCUCUGUCACACUGUGGCUCGUCUGGAAUACCGUCGCCAUUGCCUACUUUGGUCUCUCCCUGAACACAGCAAACCUCCAUGGAAACAAGUACUUCAACUGCUUCCUGUCGGCUUUGGUGGAGAUGCCAGCCUACUUUUUGUCGUGGGUGUUGUUUCGCUGGUGGUCCAGGCGGCUGAGCCUCUGCUCAACCUUUUUAUUGGGAGGAUCACUUCUCCUGCUCAUACAGCUCCUUCCAGCAGACCUGGUGUCUCUGCCCAUCGCCCUCGAGAUGACGGGCAAGUUCGCGGUGACGACGGCAUACGCCAUCGUGUACGCCUACUCAGCGGAGCUCUACCCAACUGUCCUGAGGAACACAGCUGUGGGCGCCUGCUCCAUGGCCGCCAGAAUAGGCAGCAUCAUUGCGCCUUUCUUCAUUUACUUGAGAAGCUAUUCUGUUUCACUGCCUUACAUCCUCAUGGGAAGUCUGACGGUGGGAUCAGGGUUGCUGAGUCUCCUGCUGCCCGAGAGCUUUGGAAUGCCUCUGCCUGACACCAUCAGUCACAUGCAGCGCUUCCCGGGUUGUUGUCAGAAGACUGAAGGCACUGAAGAAAAUGAAGAUUCUGUGGAAAAAAGGGAUCUCGUACUCAAGCGGCACAGCUAAAAAUGUUUUUUUUACCAAUAAGGGACAAAUGUCUAUGUCCACAUUUCUGUUACUGUUCGGAAAAUAACAAAAUAUUUGUUAUGUCCUCACCAGAUAUAUAGAACAGUGUGAUUUCUGUUGUAAAAAGAAGCUAUUAAUUUGU